UCACCACAAAACACAAAAGUAUCUUAAGAAACAAAACUAGAAACCAAAUAAUGACUCUCGUCGCAAAGCUUCUACUGAUGGUUUUGGUCGUUGAGGUUGUUUGUGCCAACGUAGGCGCAAGGCCACUGGAAGAAGUUUCCAAACAUGUUAUGGAUAAAAAGACCGUUCCGCUUCCUUCGUUACCACCACUGGGGUUGCCAAAACUACCGGAGUUACCAACUCCGGUACCAAUACCACCUAUGAAAUCAUCAGCUCAUUCGCGCGUUCGGCCAAUCAUGGCUAAUGGUGGCACUGGAAGAGUAUCCAAAGUUCCCUAUGGUGCCACCGCUAGAGGUUAUGGUUCCGCAAGUGGUAGCAGCCAUUCGUCUGGCAGGACUCACCCUUGAACAUUAGGUGAUGACGAUGUUCAUUGCAUAAACUUAUUAACAAUAUAUUCUACAAACCCACAGUCUCUUUUGUGUUCAUAAAUAAAACUAGAGAUUGUCACCUUUAAUUAUUACAGAAAAUGCUACUUAUUAUGUGUAACUAGUACUACCCCUUACUAAAUAAAAUAAAUGUGGUUAAGGAAGUGAUGAAGUGUGUGUUUGUAAACCAAUUCAUAUGUGUAUAGAAGUAUAUUGCAAUAAAUUCCUUAGCACUUCGAGUUUUUAGUGUGAUUAA